AUGCCAGUCCAACAUUCCAAGGCACCAGAAUGGAGUCCCACAACCCUGCUCCAUACGACCAUCAGGGUGAUCUGUGAGCUCUGUAAGGUACAUGUGAGCUUGGGAUCUGCAAGGGCAAACACCACAAACCUCUGGAAUCACCUGAGAGUACAUCAUCUUCAGGCUUACAAUGAUGCUCAGCAACAAAAAGCUCCAGCAGCUGCAGUGUCUACAUCCACUUCCCAACCUCAUCAGCCAACCGUAACAGAUAUGUUUGAUGCCCAUCGGAAAUGGCAAAAUUCAGACACCAGAUCAAAAAAAAUAGAGACAUUAAUAACAGAAAUGAUUGCCACAGACAAUCUGCCAUUCGCUUUUGUCUCAGGUGUUGGAUUCCAGAGGCUGGUGGCUGCACUGGAGCCCAGGUACAAAUUAAAAUCAGAGAAGCACUACUGCACCAAAAUGCUUGAGGGCAUAGUUGAAAAAGUGGAGAAAAAAAUCAAAGCAGUAAUUUCAGAGGAGGCUGGCCCUUUUUUGUCCUUCACUACAGACUGUUGGUCUGGGGACACUGAGGCACUCAUGAGUCUCACAUGCCAUUUCAUUGACCCCAACUGGGACAUGAAGCAAGUCCUCCUAAAUGCGAAAACAAUGUCAGGCUCCCACACAGGGGAGUAUAUUGGUGACAUGUUCAUCAGUCUGCUGGAGUACUGGGACAUCAGCCAUGACAGGGUUGUACUUGUUCUCCAUGACAGUGGGGCAAACAUGGUAAAAGGUCUCAGACUGGGGGAAAUACCUGAUCUCAGCUGCAGCGCACACACCCUACAGCUUGUGGUGAAUGAUGGCAUCAACAGUCAGCGAGUAGUGCUGGACAUUAAUGCCAAAUUAAAGAACAUCGCCAAACAUUUCAACCACUCUGUUCUUGCAAAGCAGAAGCUUAACAAAAUUCUACAAGAACUUGGCCUACCAGAGCACAGCAUCCUCCAGUCUGAACCCACUCGCUGGAACUCCACGCUUCAUAUGAAGCAGAGAAUGGUGGAGCAGAAGAGAGCUCUGAACAUCUACGCUCGAGAGUAUGGGAAAAUUACCACUCUAUCCCCUGAUCAAUGGGACAUAGUUUCCAAUUUAAUUGAUACAUUGGAGCCUAUGGAGGAAGUCACCCUUGAGGUGAGCAAGUCAGAGGCUUCCAUCUCCUGCGUCAUUCUGAGCAUUGCUGUGCUGAAGAUGAUUCUUCAGACAGAGGGGCCAAACACAAUAGGGAUCAAAACUCUGCGAGAUUCGAUGCUGCAAAGCUUACAGAGAAGAUUCCAAAAGAUGGAGGACCCACAAUGUCUAGUCCUCGCAACACUCCUGGACCCUCGCUAUAAGGGCCAUGUCUUUUCAGAGGGCACACACACAAAGCAAAAAGGUGGAUAA